AUGAAUGAAGAAAACUACAACGUGAAGGAUAAGGAUAGCACGUCAUUUACAUUUUAUGAAAAAACAUAUGAAGGUGAUGACACGUGCUUUUUUAAUAUAAUUAUAAGUUUUAAAAAACUGAAAAUCUAUAAUGAAAAAGAUUUUGAACAAGUUAUAAAUUUGAAUUCAGAAAAUAUAUUGAACGAUAUUGUAAAGAUAGAGGAGCAUUUACAAAGGAAUAUAUAUAAUAAUACUGAAAUAAUUAAGAAGAGAAAUAACAAAAACAUAAACAAAAAAAAAGAAGAUUUUGAUAUAGAUAUAAAUAAUGAAAUGGAUAAUGAAAAUAUGAAUGACAUUAAUUAUAAUCAUAAUAAAUAUGAUAAUUGUGAUGAUCUUUAUAAAAAUUAUAAAGAGCGGUUUGACAUUCUUAUUAACGGACUUAAUGAUUCUAAUUUAAAAAGUUAUACAGUAAAAGAAAAAUCGGAGAGAGAACAAAAAAAAAAAUUGUGCGUAAUGUGGGAACUUGAUUUAUCAUAUAAUUAUUUUAAAGAAAUUUCUAUUGAUAAUAUAUUAUGCAUUAUGAUAAGCAAAAAUAUUAUCCCUCAUAAGAACAUUUUACAAUUAAAUAAUUUAAGAACAUUAAACUUAAGGAAGAAUAAUUUAAUAUGUUUUCCUUAUAUAUCAAAGUUUGUAUUGGAUGGCUUAGUUAAUAUACACAUAUCACAUAAUUAUAUAACUGGAUGUAAUAAUUAUAUAGAUAAAAUAGAUAAUAUGACAUAUAUAAGUAAAAAUUUAUGUCAAGAGGAUAUAAAAAAUAAAAUAAAUAAUAUCAAUUUUAAUAAUGAAGGUACGUGGAAUAGGGUACUACCUAAUUUAAAAAAUAUUUAUUUACAGAAUAAUUAUUUGCAAUCUUUUUUUUCUUUAAAAUAUUUAAUUAAUAAACAUAAAAACAUAAAAUAUAUAAAUAUUAGUUUUAAUAAAAUUAACUUCUUAACAGAUUUAUUUAUCUUAAAAAAUGUAGAACAUAUAAAUUUGUCUUAUAACACCUUUAUGAAGAUAGAAAGUAAUAUGACAUCACAUGGAAUAACAAAAGAUAUAAACAAUAGCAUGGAUGAAAAGAACGAUAUAUACUAUAAUAAUAUUAAUAAGAAUGAGACAAGUGAACAAGAUGAAGAAAUACCUAUAAAGGUAGAUCACACAAUUGAACAAACGUGUACACAUUUUUGUAUAGAAGGACAAGAAAAUAAAAAUAUGUUAAUUUCGGAUAGCACAUAUAAAAAUCAGCAUGAUAAUGAUAAUAACAAUGUUCAUAAUAAAGACAAUAAUAAUGAAAUUAUAUUUCAUAACCUUUUAUUAAAUUUGAAAUUUUUUUUUCCAUCUUUAAAAAAUCUAAAUAUAAAAUAUACAGAAGUUUACCAAAAAUUUAAGCUCUAUAUAAAGAAGGAACAUUAUAAAUAUGAAAGGAAUUAUUUUAUUGAUUUUAAAUAA